GCCACUGAACCCUCGCCUGUUUCCUCUUUAUGCGCUUUCACCACUAUAGCCAAGAAUGGGUUUAUGUCGGUGAAAAAUAACACUGCUGCACUUUACUUACCUGCUGUGUCAACUUUCCAGACAGUUAGACAUAAGCAGCUAGGCUACUUCAUCUCCAACGCAUCAUCCUUUUAAUGGGCUUUCCGUGAAAUAUAUGUUCUUUAUAAUAAGCAUUUUCUUAUUUUUCUCCAAAAUGCCUGAGUUCAUAUCAGUAGAUGAGUUUAUCGCGGAGACUUUGGAGGACUACAGCUCUCCGACUACUUCUUCCUUCUUCACCAAAAUGUCAAGUUGCAGAAAUGCCGCCCACAAUAUCGAGGAGGCCUUAGACUCUGACCGCACGAUCUUGCAGAAAAUGAAGAAAACAGCCAAAGCAAAGCAUAUCUCUGGACAAGACCACAUAUCACAUUUUGAGUCAUACAUCAAUUCCAUGGAGAAGUUGGCUGUGAAUUUCCGCAGCAAUGGAGAACAGGAAGUGGCCUCUGCCUUUAAUAAGUUCGCAGAAUUCUCCAAAGAACUUCUGACGCCAAUGAAGAACUUGUUAAAGAGUAUGUUGCAUAACAUCAACUUCUUCCUGGACUCGCUUGUAAAAGGGGAUCUGAAAGAGGUCAAAGGGGACCUGAAGAAGCCGUUUGAUAAGGCGUGGAGAGAUUAUGAAAAUAAAUUCACUAAAAUCGAGAAGGAGAAGAGGGAGUUGGCGAAGCAGUAUGGUAUGGUGCGGACGGAGGUGAGCGGAGGAGAGAUUGCAGAGGAGAUGGAGAAAGAGCGCCGGAUGUUCCAGCUUCAGAUGUGUGAGUACCUUAUCAAAGUAAACGAAAUUAAGACCAAGAAAGGAGUAGACCUGCUACAAAACCUCAUCAAACACUACCACUCUCAAUGCAAUUUCUUUCAGGAGUGUCUGGCUGCUACGGAGAAGCUCAAGCAGUACAUCGAUGCCCUUACGGGACAGCUGAAUUCUAUCAAACACAAGCAGGACGAAGAGAAAAGACACCUCUGUUUGCUUCGAGAUCAGCUCAGACCUGCUCUGCAGCCUGAAUUUAAAGAGCAAUCGAGGAGAGAUUCUCUAACCAGACAGGCUGUAUACAGCAUGCACCAGCUUCAAGGCAACAAGCAAUAUGGUACUGAGAAAUCAGGCUAUCUGUACAAGAGGAGUGAUGGGUUGAGGAAGAUGUGGCAGAAGAGGAAAUGUACCGUGCAGAACUGCUAUCUCACCAUCGCUCAUGGAACUCCUAAUAAACCACCGGCUAAGCUGAACCUCCUCACCUGCCAAGUCAAACCCAGUUUGGAAGACAAGAAAUGCUUUGACCUCAUCUCACAUAAUCGCACUUACCAUUUUCUAGCAGACUACGAGUCUGAUUGUUUGGCGUGGAUAUCAGUGCUGACAAACAGUAAGCAAGAAGCUCUUAAUGUGGCUUUGGAUGAGAGAAGAUCAAGUGGAGAAAACAGUGUUGAGGAUCUCACACGAGCCAUUACUGAGGAUAUUUGCCGCAUGCCUGGAAACAAUGUUUGCUGCGACUGUCGGGCACCAGAUCCGUCUUGGAUCUCCAUAAACCUGGGGAUCCUGACAUGCAUCGAGUGCUCAGGAAUCCACCGGGAGAUGGGUGUGCAUUGUUCACGCAUUCAGUCACUUGCUCUGGACAAACUGGGCACUUCUGAAUUGCUGUUGGCAAGAUACGUUGGAAAUGCAGGUUUUAAUGAUAUUGUGGAGGCCAAUCUUCCCAAUCCUUCAGUGAAGCCUUCAGCAGACAGUGACAUGGCUGAACGUAAAGACUUCAUACUCUCAAAGUAUAUGGAGUGGCAGUUUGCUCAACGUACUGGCGGCUCACCAGAAACGAAACGUAAAUGUCUCCAGGAUGCUGUGCGCUGUCGAAAUGUUUUCAGUCUGUUACAACUGCACACUGCUAGAACAGACCUCAGUCAACCACUGCCAUGCCCCCUACAGGAAAAGGGGGAGACUGCACUACACCUAGCCGUCCUGUUGGUUGACAGGACAUCGUUGCAUGUGGCCGACUUCCUGUUCCACAAUUGUAAUAAUCUGGAUGCACAGACUGUGAAUGGAAAUACUGCUUUACAUUACUGCUGUCAGCACAAUAAAAUCGAGUGCCUUAAACUUCUGCUUCGAGCCAAGGCCAACACACAUAUCAAUAAUGAGAAUGGAGAGACAGGGCUGGACGUGGCUCGCAGACUGAAGCACACACUGUGUGAGGAGCUGAUCCACCAAUCACAGACCAACCAGUUCAACAUGCACGUGCACGUGGAAUAUGAGUGGAGAUUACGGCAGGAUGACCUUUAUGAGAGUGAUGAUGAUCUUGAUGAAAAGCUGGGUCCGGUGAAGAAGGAACGCUUAGGACGGCCGUUCAGCCUGUAUCAGAGUAGCGCCGCUUCUCAGGGAGCUGGAGGAGGGGGGCUGUUUAAUGUGGGUCGGAGGCUGGCGAUGGCACGGGGAGACAAUAAGCUCGAAGUGUACACCAUUCCCAGCUCUCAAACCCGCAGCCUUGACAGUCCACCGCCACCGCCCCCUUCAUCACCCGCACCACCACUUCCACCCAGAGUGAAAGCUCCAAACGUCCCUCCUCCUCCUCCCCCUCCUUUGAGCUCACCUGACGACUGGUCAUCCCAUGAAGUUAGCAGCAGUAUGAAACGAACACCUCCUCCCCCCCUUAUCAUCCGACACAAGCGCACCUACUCUGAGCCUGCCCCUCAGGUGCCCCCCAGCCCCCACUCUACACAUCAAGGACCAACAGAUUACGGAGCACCUGCAGCUCCGAGAAGCUUCGGUGGUCCAGAUUCACCUUUCCAGAAGUGUGUCUCAGGGUCUCCUAAAUACUCCGCCUCUGUUCUCAACUCCUUAUCUGAGCUGCCAGAACGAGGCUUUCGAGCAGAUGGGGAGAGCAGCUCCUCCCACUUCCUGUACCAAAGCCCACAGUCUGUAAGCAGCGCUGGGCGGCACACCCCAGCCCUCUCUCCCACAUCCCCACACCCAUUCAGUUUCGAGUCUAACGGAAGCUCUGCCACCUAUGCUGUUCCUCACGCAAUGCCCAAGAAAACUCUGAAGUCGAAGCUUAGACGUGUGAAAGCCAUGUACGACUGUGUGGCUGAUCAUCAUGAUGAACUCACCUUCAAUGAGGGCGAGGUACUUGUGGUAUUGGGAGAGGAAGAUGCUGAUUGGUGGCAUGGCUACAUAGAGGGACAGCCUGACAAAUCGGGCUUAUUUCCAGCAUCGUUUGUCUCAUUGCUGUCCAAAUGAAACCUGCCAAAGGAGCUGAAAUCAGCAUGGGUGACUCUAC